ACCCUCACUUCCCGCUUUCACUUUGCGGAGACUUUGUAGUCCGGUACUGCCACCAUGGAGGCGAAGGCCGUCAACCUUGCUAUCACGCUCCCCCAGCUGCUUCGCAGGCGCAACUCGUCUCCCGAUGUCCCCGAGGAUGUCCUGACGGAACACUUUAACGAUCCCAACUGGGACUUUUCGACGCCAUCCGCGAGCGCAAGCACUACGAGCUUCGACGACAAGGGUCAGACUUGCUCAUGGCCUGAUACCUCCUACCGCUCUUCCGAUAUUGAGACGUCAUCAUACACAUCUUCGUCGGCAAGCCCCACGAGACCAUCGAAAUUGGACCUCCGUGAAGCGACCCUGCAUAAUGUCAACGAGGACUCGCCCUACGCUGAGGUCAGGGCUGCUGUCCCGAAUUAUGACGAUCCAUCCAUGCCCGUAAAUACCUUCCGAACCUGGUUUCUAGGCAUCACCCUUUCCGUUAUUCUUUCCGGCCUGAACCACUUCUUCACUUCGCGCUGGCCGUCUGUUGCUAUCAGCGCACUCAUCGCUCAACUUGUCGCGCUGCCAGCUGGCAAGUUCCUUGAAUGGGCCCUCCCCACCACAAAAUUCAAGACGCUCGGCUUCACAUGGUCGCUGAAUCCUGGUCCUUUCAACGUGAAGGAGCACACCGUCAUUACCGUCAUGGCCAAUGCCGUCUACUCGGACACGUAUGCGACUACCAUCUUCUCGGCGCAGCGCGUCUUCUACAAUCAGAACCCGCCUGUCGGCUACCAGCUCCUGCUCUCGCUCUCCUCCCAGAUGAUUGGGUACGCGUGGGCGGGCAUUGCGCGCCAGCUCCUUAUCUGGCCCGCGAGCAUGAUCUGGCCGUCGUCGCUUGUCUCCUGUGCGCUGCUCAACACUCUUAAUCGCAACUGGGGCAAGAAGGAGACGAAGCACAUCUCCCGCGAGAAGUUUUUCCUUCUCGUCGCCGUUGGUGGCACGCUGUGGUACUUCGUACCUGGCUACCUCUUCACAGGCCUCAGCGUCUUCAGCUGGGCGUGCUGGAUCGCUCCCCAGAACCAGACCGUCAACACGCUGUUCGGCUACAACACGGGUCUCGGGUUGGGCUUCCUCACGUUUGACUGGUCGAUGAUUUCUUGGCUUGGAAGCCCGCUGGUCUCUCCAUGGUGGACUGAAGUCAACAUCUUUGCCACUUUUGUGAUCAUCUACUGGGUGAUCGCGCCCAUCAUGUACUUCAAGAAUGCCCUGUUCACGGCUUAUUUGCCUGUGUCUGCCUCGACUGCGUUCGACAACACGGGUCUGCCGUACAACAUCUCUGCGAUCAUCACACCCGAAGGCCUGUUCGACGAGGACCUGUACAAGGCUUACUCUCCUCUUUACAUGUCUGUCACCCUGCAGCUUGCGUACGGCACGCAGUUCGCUGUCAUCACCGCGGUCGUCGUUCACACUUUCCUCUGGUACAGGUACGACAUCAUGCGCCAAUUCCGUCGUUCUAUCAAGGACGAACAGGACGUUCAUGCCCGCAUGAUGAGCGCGUACAAGGAAGUCCCUACCUGGUGGUACGGUGCUAUCUUUAUAGUUGCCUUCGUUUUCGGUGUCGUCGCCAUCGAGAUUUUCCCUACGCAAUUUCCCGUAUGGGCCCUCAUUCUCGCACUCGCCAUUGGCUUCGUCUUCGUCAUCCCCAUCGGCAUCAUCCGCGCUGUGACGAACCAACUUCCCGCGCUGAAUGUCCUCGCUGAGGUUGUCGCUGGUUAUGCGCUCCCUGGCCGUCCCGUCGGCGCUAUGGUGUUCAAGACGUUUGGCUUCGUUCCAACUUACCAGACGAUGUUCUUCCUCAACGAUCUCAAGAUCGGCCAUUACCAGAAGAUCCCGCCCCGCGUCAUGUUCAUGGCACAGGUCGUCGCUUCCACGCUCGCCGUAUUCGUCUGCGUUGGUGUUCAGGAGUGGCAAUUCUCGAACAUCGCGGACUUCUGCAUGCCCGAUCAGAAGGAUGGCUUCAUCUGCAACGACAUCUCGACCUUCGCCACCGCUGCGAUCAUCUGGGGUGGCAUUGGCCCGCGCCGUCUCUUCUCCCCUGGCGCGAUGUACAACUGGGUGCUCUACUUCUUCCUCAUCGGCGCGCUCCUCCCAAUCCCCUUCUACUUCCUCGCCCGCCGCUACCCAACGUCUUUCUGGCGUUACGUCAACAUCCCCGUCUGCUUCGCGGGCCUUGCACAGCUCCCGCCCGCGACCGGAAUCAACUACUCAUCGUGGGCGAUGGUUGGGUGCUUCUUCCAGUGGUUCAUCCGUCGCUAUCACUUCCGCUGGUGGCUGCGGUUCAACUACAUUCUGUCCGCCGGCCUCGAUAUCGGCGUCUCGGUCGGCAUGGUGCUUGUGUUCUUCAUCCUCCAGUACCCUAAGGGUGGCUUCAGCCUUAAUUGGUGGGGCAACACGGUUUGGCAGACCACGUUCGAUGCAAUGGGCACGCCUCGUCUCUUCCCCAACGGCACCUUCGGCCCUACGGAAUGGGCGUAGAGUCCUCGCUUCUCCAUUGUCCUCCUGGGUUCCAAGCUUUUUAGAGUCGUCCGGCCUCCAUUCAUAUAUCUUCACCCCCCUCCUUCUGGUAUGGUGCUUGUAGCAUUACGUUUAAGGCUCGGAAAGGUUACCCCGCGCGUCGAUAGGGCGUCCCCCACGUUGCAGUAUUUUUAUGUACAUCUACACAUUCUGGCCCCCACCUCACUUCACCUCCCUCAUCCCUGAGCUCUCCUCGCCGCAUAUGCACGGUCUGUCUUCAUAGCAUCACGAACUCUUUACGUCUCAGCGCUACCCCUUGGUCCAAUUUGUCAUCUUCAUGCUUCCAUGGUCGCAUGUACUCCGCUUCAUUCCUUCAUCUUCGCCACGUACAGGUCAUACGCACACCCCUUUGUAUCUUGUCACGCCUCAUGAUUGUGUACUACUAUCGGAAUGAGAUUCACGUUUGUUACG